AUUUGCUCCAUAUAUUUUUGUAAACUCUUUAAAAUUUUUUUUGACACAAAAUAACACAAUUCAUAAUAUUAUUUGCAGUGAUUGGCUCACAAAAAAUGUUUAAAUCAGUGUUAAGUUUAGUAAGAACACCCAUCAUAGAUUAUAAUUCCUCGCAAUCAUUGACAAGCUUAUUACGAUUGUCUAAUUGUCUAACAAAUACGAGAUUUUUACAUGUAACCUCUUCUACGUUUGGAUUAGAUCAAAGAAAAAAGAGAGAAGGCUUUAAAAAAAAGGAUGAAGGAUCAGAAGGAGAAUUUACAAUUGAUAUUGACAAUUCACUUCAUCAGCAACAAUUAUUUCCUGAUAUGAAUACACCCAAUAGACUUUUCAAUGGUAUACCUUUCAAAGAGAUUCCUAUUGUAAAUAUUACAUGUGUUCGUAAUAAUACUAAAUUGAAUUUAACAGACUUCAGGGGUUCUGUGAAGAUUUUACAUACAUGUGGAACUGAAGGCUUCAAACAUGCUCGAAAAGCAACAAAUAUUGCUGCACAAGCAACUGCUAUUUCAUUAAGCGCCAAAGCAUUAGAUCAAGGAUAUAGAACCAUUAGAGUACGAGUGGCUGGUUUAGGACCAGGUCGAAUGUCUGCAAUCAAAGGACUUCAAAUGGGAGGAAUGGAGAUCAUAUCAAUUACAGAUAACACAAGAGUAUCUUGGUGUCCUCCGAGACCUAGGAAAGCUAAGCGAUUGUAGAAACCCUGUUUAUUUGCUGCUAAAUUUUAAUAAAAGUUUAUCUAUUACUU